UAUGUAUGUAUAUAUACCGUAUAACUUUCGGCGAUAUGAAGACUGCAAACAUGUUAACGUCGCUUUCCUGUCGAAACCCUUUACUUGCUCGGUUCGGUCGGUAACUUCAGCAGAAUAUCAGAAUGGCUACCGAGAGUUGUUUAAGCAGCUGUCAGAUCAACAAGAUUGACAAUGAAAAACUGGUAAGACCCAAAGUGCAAUUGCAAACCCUGUUAAAAGAUGCAGGUGCAGACAAGGAUGUUUUCACCAUGAAGGAGGUCAUGUUUUACCUCGGUAAGUACAUCAUGAGUAAGGAGUUAUAUGAUAAGCAGCAGCAGCACAUCGUCCACUGCGGGAACGAUGCACUCGGUGCAGUGCUCGGAGUGGCCAGCUUCUCGGUCAAAGAGCCAAGAGCUUUGUUUGCAAUGAUUUCAAAAAACCUCAUAGCAGUGAAAAACCCAGAGUCCCAGUCAACUUUUUCAGAACCCAGGAGUCGAACUGAACCUGACAGAGGGCCAGAGGGGAUAAACUCAGACUCCUCUACCUCAGUGCAGCAGCAGCAGCAGCAACAGCGCAGGAGACGGCGAAGCAGUGAUCCUUCAAGUUUCUCAGUUGAGGAUGAAAGCAGCGAGCCCAGGAAGAGGCACAAGUCAGACAGCUUCUCCCUGACUUUUGAUGACAGUCUGUCAUGGUGUGUGAUUGGCGGCCUGCGCAGAGAGAGAGAGAGCAGCGACUCUUCAGACUCAUGUAGCAAUUCGGAUGUAGGUGUUUCUCAUAGUGAGAACAGUGAUGAGAGUGAAGAGAAUUCUGACUCUGAUAACUUCAGUGUGGAGUUUGAGGUGGAGUCCAUUGAUUCAGAUGCAUACAGCGAGAAUGAUGACGACUCCGUACCAGGAGAAGAUGAGGUAUAUGAGGUUACAAUCUUUGCAGAAGAUGAAGACUCCUUUGAUGAAGAUCCUGAGAUUACUGAGGAAGACUACUGGAGGUGCUCUGAGUGCGAUAAGCUGAACCCUCCGCUCCCUCGACACUGCAAAAGCUGCUGGAAAGUUCGACCAGACUGGCUGCCAGAGAUAAACUCUAGCCUUGAGCAUCCCAGCAAUGACACCGAAACCAGCGCAGCUGCUGAUGGCACCUGUCUCAGUACAAACCUCAGCUCUGCCUCAGAAUGCAAACCCUUGCCAUCAAAGCCUUCCAGCCCCACCCAUGAUCCGGAUGAAGGUAUGGAUGUACCGGAUGGCAAGUGUUCACGAUCACCUGCCACGAGCAGAGACGAAUUAACGGCUGCCAAUGCUGCAGCCACUUCCAUCUCAGAUUCCCAGGGUUCAAGCCUUUCCUCCUCUCAGCCCUCCACUUCCUCUUUGCAAGUGGCACACAGCCAAGAGGAAACCCCCGAGCUGGAGCGCUUCAACAGUCUGGAGGCCUCUCUCCCCACCACCUGUCUGGAGCCCUGCGUCAUCUGCCAGAGCAGGCCCAAGAAUGGCUGCAUCGUCCAUGGCCGCACAGGACAUCUCAUGGCCUGUUACACCUGCGCCAAAAAGCUGAAAAACCGCAACAAGCUGUGUCCUGUCUGCAGAGAGCCCAUUCAGUCAGUUGUGCUGACCUACGUGAGCUGAUGGACUGCGUAAAUAAAUGUCAUCAGUUACCUCAAAUUCCUCAACCCCCCCACCCUCACAGAUAAUUCAAUUAGAAAUUUAAAAUAUAAAAAAAAAAACACUGCAUUAUACACUGAGUUUUUGUGUUAACAUAUUAUUCGCAAGCUGCAGUACUUUAAAAUCUUUAACCUGCAAUAGUUCAGAAGACUAAAGAGACCCGUCGUUUGAGCUGGAUAAUACCAUUUAAAAUAUCUUUAUUUAAAAAGAAGUUAAUGUCACAUCACAUCUGUUAACAUGUAAAAUAUAAAGUUUCUUUGUAUAACUCUUUCAGUAUAAUAUAAUUUUGAAGUGUGCAGUGAAUUUUGUACCGUAAGUAAUUUAUAUUAUGUUCCAAAUGAAUGUUCCUUGUAAAAUCUUGGACUGAAGGUUUUAUAUUUGAUCCUUUUGAAAUGCAUAUGAAGUUCUCUUUUGCAUUGCACUGUGCUUCACAGAUUGAUACUCACUCCGAAUACAUUACUUAAGUUCACCAAAUUUACUGGGAUAAUAAAUUUUUGAUUGUGAUGUAUUUAUUUUAUUAUUAACCAUGCAUCUGUGGCUUUAUUUGGCUUUCCUAGUUUGUUUUUUUUUUUUGGUCCAGUGAAAGGAUGUUCUUGGUCAUCUGAAGGUGGUUUUGACCUUUGAAGAUGCAAGAGUGAAGUUGGCAGUCUGAAUCGAUUUAGUACCACUAAAAAUGUUACUUAGCUGUAUCACUAUAAAGUAUUGAAUUAAUCACGUUUUUGUGCAGUAGAGUUUCAUCAGUGGGAUGAGAUUUCUCAGCUUCUGCUCAGUCACUUUAGAUUAAUUACAAAUAAAAGCGCAUAAUCCUCUGUGAUUAUAAUGGAA